AUGGAUUCAGAUAUGGAAAAUAAACUUGCUCAACUUAAGUCUAAAAUAAAAAGUUUUCCCGAUUUUCCUAAAAAAGGAAUCUUAUUCUGGGACAUUUUCUCAGCUUUGUCAGAUGGUGCCACAUGUAAAUUAUUACAAGAAAUACUUGUAAAAGUUAUUAAAACCAAAUAUCCAGAUGUUGAUGCAAUAGUUGGCCUAGAAUCAAGAGGAUUUCUCUUUGCAUUUUCCCUUGCAGCUGAAUUAGGUAUUGGAUGCCUAGUUUUAAGAAAAAAAGGAAAAUUACCAGGGGAAGUCAUGUCAUACAAUUAUGAUUUAGAAUAUGGUUCAGAUGUAUUAGAAAUCCAGAAAAGUUCUGUAAAACCAAAUUUGAAAUGCUUAAUUGUUGAUGAUUUAAUAGCAACGGGAGGAUCAAUUGCUGCAGCUACUAAAUUACUUCAAAGCUGUCAAGUAAAUGUUAUUGGCUGUCUUGUUGUUAUUGAGUUAGAGGGUUUGAAUGGUAAAAAGAAGAUUCCAGAAGGUGUUGUUUUACAUUCCUUGUUAAAAUAU